UCGAAACUAACGAUGCUGCGGUGUGUGCGUCCAUCCCGCGGCGCGUCUUGUCACCUGCAACGUGACCCAUAUUUGGGCUUGUCAUCCAGGUGGCGGUGCUGUGUGACCUGCGCGGGAGCAACAAUGAAACGCUAAAGAAACAAAAGAGCACACGUUGGAGCCUGAGACUGAAAAGAGACGACAACAUUGUGUCACCCCUUUGGCUAGAGUUGCUGACAGGGGAUAACCCUUUAAAAUGGCCCCCCUCCCUCCUGUCGUGCCCCUCUCUCAUCCACACACAAACCGAGCGCUACUAUGCCUCUAAAGACAUAUCUUCUCUCACAAACACAGGAAAGCAUUAACAACAGCAGCACCUGAAGACCGCGGCGUGAAGCGGGAUCGAACUCCAACGGAGGGGAAAAUAAGGUCGACUGCUCAUUUCAACUUCAACCUAUCAUAAACACAAAUAUCUGAGAAGUGACCCGAGUCGCCUCAUCAUGAUUGAGAGUGAGAGAGAGCUGUCGGCCAUGGUGCAGGAGCUGUGGGACAACGACGUCAACAGACUGCGACCCGGACAAGACUACAGGAUAUCCUUGCAGGGCAAAGCUGGAGACAAUAUGGCCAUCAAUGACGACGAUGACAACGAUGGGGCGGGAUAUCCUCUGUUCAAAUUUGUAGACGAGAACGUUUUCCAGAAGGAGACUUUUUUAGCCUUUAUUUCCUUGUUGGAUAACUAUGUGAGUGACACAGGGGAGCCAGAAAUCGUCACCCCUGAGGAGGUGGCAGAGAACCACAAGUUCCUGGACUCUAUUGUUAAGACUCCCACCAUGAAGAUAGCGCAUAAAUACCUGGUGGAGAAGCAACUUUCCCCGCAAGACGAGACGCAGUUCAAGGAGCAACUCUACAGAAUCUGGUUUGAACUCUACGCAAGGAGAGGAUCCAGCAGGCCAGAUUCGUCAGGAUUUGAACACGUGUUUGUUGGCGAAACCAGAGGAGGCAGGACAGUCAUUGGCUUUCACAAUUGGAUCCAGUUGUACUUGCAAGAGAAGCUGGGUCAUAUCGAUUACAAAGGCUACAGUGUCAACGCUAACUCGCCACAGCCAGACGAGAACAAGCACAUCUUGGCACUGCAGUUCAGUUGGAAGAACGGCAUCAAGCCCAAAGGCAGCAUCUUCAUCGGCGUCAGUCCCGAGUUUGAGUUCGCCCUCUACACCCUGUGUUUCCUCAGCUCGCCCAACGAGCGGGUCAAAGUCCAGUUUAGUUUCUACGAUGUAGAGAUUGUGUGCCACCACUACAACCAGAAGCACAUAGGCACCACUUACCCCGUGCUUCUUAAGUACCAGAAAAACACUUAAUUUACAUCCAAAUCUUCAUCCUUACAUGGGACUGUUGUCUUUUUCAUUUGACUGAAAAUACAAUAAAACCUUACAACACCAUA